AUGCCCACUCUACACAUGGCAGGUCCAACUUCAGAGAUGAAAGAUCUAGUAAAACGUAUGAACGUUUGCAGAAAAAAUUAAAGGAUCGCCAAGGAACACAGAAAGAUAAAAUGAGCAGUCCACCACCAUCACCUCAGAAAUGCCCUUCUCCUAUAAGUGAACACAAUGGACUCCUGAAAGGGCAGAAUGCCAGUGUUAUGAACAUAGGAUUGGCAAGAAACAAGUCGGGACGAGGGAAAGGUUGUACUCAAGUUGAUCCAGAAAUAGAAGAAAAAGAUGAAGAAACUAAAGCAUUUGAAGCAUUUCUUUCCAACAUUGCCAAACCGGUGGCUUCAGACAUUCAGGCAAGGACAGUUCUGCUUACCUGGUCACCUCCUUCCAGCUUCAUUAAUGGCGAAGUGAACGAAGCAGCUGUACCAGAGCUCUGCACUUACGAAGUCCUUUUGUCGAGCACUGGGAAGGAAGGGAAAUACAGAAGCGUUUACGUAGGAGAAGAAACAAGCAUCACUUUAAAAGAUCUGAAACCAGCCACAGAUUACCAUGCAAAAGUGCAGGCAGAGUCCAAUUCGAUAAGGGGAAUUCCUUCAGAAGCUGAAAGCUUUACCACCUUGAGCUGUGAGCCUGAUACACCCAAUUCUCCCAGGAUAGCCAACAGGACCAAAAACUCGCUCACUUUGCAGUGGAAGGCACCCAGUGACAAUGGUUCUAAAAUCCAAAGCUUUAUUUUAGAAUGGGAUGAGGGGAAAGGAAAUGGAGAAUUUUGUCAGUGUUACAUGGGCUCACAGAAGCAGUUUAAAAUUACCAAACUGUCACCGGCAAUGGGUUGUAAAUUUAGAUUAUCAGCCAAAAAUGACUAUGGUAUAAGUGCUUUCAGUGAAGAGGUCUUGUACUACACCUCAGGCUGUGCCCCCUCUGUACCCGCAAGUCCUACGCUGACCAAGGCUGGAGUUACGUGGCUGUCCCUACAGUGGACUAAGCCCUCAGGAACACCAUCAGAUGAAGGGAUUUCUUACAUUUUAGAGAUGGAGGAGGAAACAUCAGGUUAUGGUUUUAAGCCUAAAUACGAUGGAGAAGAUCUUGCUUACACAGUGAAAAAUCUGAGACGUAGUACAAAGUAUAAAUUUAAGGUCAUUGCUUAUAACUCAGAAGGUAAAAGCAAUCCGAGUGAAGUAGUGGAAUUCAGUACCUGCCCGGAUAAACCCGGAGUGCCUCAGAAGCCUUCCGUGAAAGGGAAGAUACACUCACAUGGCUUUAAGAUUACUUGGGACCCACCAAAAGACAAUGGAGGUGCGCCCAUCAAUAAGUAUGUAGUGGAGAUGGCCGAAGGUUCUAACGGAAACAAGUGGGACAUGAUCUACAGUGGCGCGACCAGGGAGCAUCUCUGUGACCGGCUGAAUCCAGGCUGCCACUACCGCUUGCGGGUUUACUGCAUUAGUGAUGGAGGGCAGAGUGCGGUCUCUGAGUCUUUGCUGGUGCAGACUCCAGCUGUGCCUCCUGGCCCAUGCCUCCCUCCCAGGUUGCAGGGUAGACCCAAAGCAAGAGAAGUACAGUUACGAUGGGGACCUCCACUGGUUGACGGUGGGUCACCCAUUUCCUGCUAUGCAGUGGAAAUGAGUCCUGCAGAUAAAGAUGAGCCCAGAGAUGUUUACCAAGGCUCUGAAGUGGAGUGUACAGUGAGCACCCUUCUUCCUGGAAAGACGUACAGCUUCAGACUCCGUGCAGCAAACAAAAUGGGGUUUGGACCAUUUUCAGAAAAAUAUGAUAUCACUACAGCCCCUGGUCCCCCAAACCAGUGCAGGCCCCCGCAAGUGACAUGCAGAUCUGCAACUUGUGCACAAGUCAGUUGGGAGAUUCCUUUGAGUAAUGGAACUGAUGUCACUGAGUACCGGCUGGAGUGGGGAGGAGUUGAGGGAAGUAUGCAGCUGUGUUACUGUGGGCCCAGCCUCAGUUGUGAAUUAAAAGGACUCUUACCAGCUACUACGUAUUAUUGCAGAGUUCAGGCUAUGAGUGUUGUGGGUGCAGGUCCUUUUAGUGAAGUUGUAGCCUGUGUGACUCCACCAUCAGUUCCUGCCAUUGUGACCUGUCUUCAAGAAAUAAGUGAUGAUGAUAUAGAAAAUCCCCAUUACUCACCUUCUACCUGCCUUGCAAUUAGCUGGGAAGAGCCUUAUGACCAUGGUUCAGAAAUCCUUGCCUACAGCAUAGACCUGGGAGAUAAGCAGCCCUUGACAGUGGGGAAGAUGACAAGCUAUAUCAUAGACAAUUUGCAACCUGACACAACAUACAGAAUACGAAUUCAAGCCUUGAAUAGCCUGGGAGCUGGUCCUUUCAGCCAUACGAUUAAAUUAAAAACGAAGCCCUUCCCACCUGAUCCACCUCGGCUGGAAUGUGUUGCCUUUAGCCACCAGAACCUUAAGCUUAAAUGGGGAGAUGGAACUCCAAAGAUAUUAUCAACAGAUGCUAUUCAGUACCACCUUCAGAUGGAGGAUAAGAAUGGAAGGUUUGUCUCCCUGUACAGAGGACCUUGUCAUACGUACAAAGUACAAAGGCUCAGUGAGUCCACAUCCUACAAGUUCUGCAUUCAAGCCUGUAAUGAAGCUGGGGAAGGUCCUCUCUCCCAAGAGUAUAUUUUCACCACUCCAAAAUCUGUCCCGGCUGCCUUGAAAGCCCCCAAAAUAGAGAAAAUAAAUGAUCACAUUUGUGAAAUUACAUGGGAAUAUUUACAGCCUAUGAAAGGUGACCCAGUUAUUUAUAAUCUUCAAGUUAUGGUGGGAAAAGAUUCAGAAUUCAAACAG